AUGACUGAACUGAGCACUUCAGCCUUCCCUUCUGUGUUCAGUGCAGAUAUAUUUUAUGGACAAUAUAAUUAUUCUGAAUUACUCUAUGAUGAGAAUGAUUAUUUCUUUGAAGACAUGAGAGGAACUGUACAGAUCAUCUUUGGUAUAAUUUCCAUUAUAGUUAUCUUCAUUGUCAUAUUUGGGCUGGUGGGAAAUGGAGUAGCCAUCUGGUUUUUGGGCUUCAUCUUUAAGAGGAAUCCCAUCACCACCUACAUCUUGAAUCUGGCUCUAGCUGAUUUUGGUGUCCUUGUUUCCGUGAUUGUGUAUAUGUCAUUGUAUGUGUCAAAUGAUACAACUGAGACAUGGGUCAUUUUCCUUCACCUUUUCCUGUUCACAUACACCUGCAGUCAAUAUCUUCUGACAGCCAUCAGUGUGGAGAAAUGUCUUUCUGUCACCUUCCCACUCUGGUAUCGGUGUCACCGAACAAGACACCUGUCUCCCAUUGCAUGUGUCCUAAUAUGGCUUGUCAGUGGGACUGAGUAUUUAGUGCCAAUUGUGUUUUUAGUGCUAAAGACUUCAGCCAGUUUUUGGGACAGUCCCAUCACUUCAAAGCUCAUCAGUUUGGUGAACUUCGUAUUCUGCACCCCCCUCAUAGUCAUCUCAACACUGACUUUGCUUCUCAGAGUUCACUGCAGUUUAUACCAAACCCGACGAGGAAAGCUCUACAUCGCCAUCUUACUUUCACUCCUUUUCUUCUUGGUGUUUGGUACCCCCUUAAGCAUUCUUCUAAUUUUCCAUAGAUUUGGUUCCAAUACCUCUGCUGCUGUUCAGUUUAUUGUUCUGCUAUGUGCACCUGUCAACAGCAGCAUCAACCCACUGAUUUACUUCCUACUUGGGAGGAAAAAGAUGCGCCGAUCCAGGGAAUCCAUCAAGGUGAUGCUGCAUCGGGUUUUCAGUGACAACGCUGAAUGCACUGAAGAAUCACCUGAGCAUGCACAGUCAAUGAGGAGGACUUUGUAA